AUGACCAGGGGCCUUGGUGGGGACAGCCUGGAUGGGUGGCAUUCAGCAUCUGCAUGGUUUCUCAAUGGUCCUCAGUUUGCUGAAGGCCCUGCCAGUUGUGUUCAACCUGGUUACUAUCCUCAACUUUUGGAAACUCUCAACAAGUUUUGGUGUGACAACUAUAGAGAAAUAGACUGUGAAGAGACAUUUAGCCUUAUUUUUUCUGUUGAAUGGAACAUGGGGUAUACAGUACAUGCUAAUACUGCGCCAGGGAACAACACCGGUGUGUGCGCGUCAGGCGCCGGCGCGCAGCAGGUGGGGGCUGGGCGAGCAAGCGCAGCCUCGUCGGUGUCUGCAGUCGCUCCCUGGCGCCGCGCCGGCUCCGCCUCCGUCCCAGCAGCGGCGGCCUUAAAUUCCCGUAGGAGCUGGAACCCUGGGAUUAACUGCGCAUGGGAGGGUCCGGGUUGCGCUCCUUACGUGAGGCUAAAGCCUGAAGACCUGAGCGGCCGAGCGGCGAGGCCGGGGCCGCGAACGCGGAUCGCGUCAGCAGAGAGGCCUGACUGCACACCGGACGCCGCGCGCUCGAACCGCCCUCGGCCGUCCCGCCCGCCAGCUCUGUGGAAAAUUGUCUUCCAUGAAGCCAGUCCCCGGUGCCAAAAGGUUGAGAACUGCUGUGCUAACAGAGGAACCAUCAAAAUAAGCACGAUGUACAACUGGAGCUGGGAGGAGCCUGAGAUUGAAGGCAAAAGAAAAGAGACCCUGAGGCCCGAUAGUGUUGCCUGAGCUUCAGAAUCAAACCACAUCUAAGACAAAAUCUUCCCUGAUUUUUUCAUUUAAAUAAGUCAGUUUGUUCCCUUGUAUACUUCUGAGAAUUUGAGUUGUCUGUUCAAGCCAAAAAAGUACUAAGUGGCAUAUAUAUGUGUAACUAUAAACACACGUGUAGGCACGUUCACAUAU